UCUGUAUCAAUUCAAUUCCCUCAAGGCGCGUGAAAUCUUCAAGCAAGGUCAGAGGUGGCUCACCCAAGCUAAAGAGUAUUACGAGCUGGAUGGUCACGUGUCUGAUUACGUUCAGAUAGAACAAGACGUGAGCCAGCUGUACAAAGAGCUCGCUAAACUGGAGACGGACAAAGAGCGCAGGUGCAAGAUGCACAAGAGACGUGUGGACGUGCUGUGCGCCGUGCUGGCAGAACUGAAUCCCCAGCAUUACCUGCAAAUAUGCCGCCAGCUUAUGUUCGAAACAGCAGAAGCUUACAGUGAAAUGGUAGACCUGAAGAUUGCCCUUGCCAAGGAGAGCGGCGUACCUCCCUCCGUUCACGUCAUCAAGAAAAUCAACCACCUCGUAACCCAGAGCAUCAAGUUCUUCCAAACCUUCAUAGGUAAGCAACAAUAUAUCAGCCAUCUCAUAACCCAUGCAUCACGAUCUUCCAAACCUUCAUAGGUAAGCAACAAUAGAUCAGCCAUCUCAUAACCCAUGCAUCACGAUCUUCCAAACCUUCAUAGGUAAGCAACAAUAGAUCAGCCAUCUCAUAACCCAUGCAUCACGAUCUUCCAAACCUUCAUAGGUAAGCAACAAUAGAUCAGCCAUCUCAUAACCCAUGCAUCACGAUCUUCCAAACCUUCAUAGGUAAGCAACAAUAGAUUAGCCAUCUCAUAACCCAUGCAUCACGAUCUUCCAAACCUUCAUAGGUAAGCAACAAUAGAUCAGCCAUCUCAUAACCCAUGUAUCACGAUCUUCCAAACCUUCAUAGGUAAGCAACAAUAGAUCAGCCAUCUCAUAACCCAUGCAUCACGAUCUUCCAAACCUUCAUAGGUAAGCAACAAUAGAUCAGCCAUCUCAUAACCCAUGCAUCACGAUCUUCCAAACCUUCAUAGGUAAGCAACAAUAGAUCAGCCAUCUCAUAACCCAUGCAUCACGAUCUUCCAAACCUUCAUAGGUAAGCAACAAUAGAUCAGCCAUCUCAUAACCCAUGCAUCACGAUCUUCCAAACCUUCAUAGGUAAGCAACAAUAGAUCAGC